AUGAUUCGAUUCAUAAUUGUCGGUUUCCUACCAUAUUUAUAUGGUGAGAUUGUGAGAAUUCCUCUCCACCCUUUGAAAAGAUCUGAUUCAUUGGUGGGACUUGGUGCGACUUACUUUAAGCCUUCGACGAGAAAAUGGAAGUAUGAAUGGAAUAAGCAGAAUACAUCUACACCGGAACAAUUGAUUAAUUAUGAAAACCUUCAGUAUUAUGGUGAGAUAUCAGUGGGAACUCCACCUCAAAAGUUACGAGUAUUGUUUGAUACAGGAUCCACUGACACAUGGCUCGCUUCAAGGAAGUGUUGGAUUCUUGAUAUAUUUUGUUGGAUGUUUUCAUUUUACGAUAGCUCGAAAUCGUCGACUUAUGUAGCAGAUGGUUCUAGUUUUCAUGUCAGAUAUCUGGAUGGUGAGUUCUCUGGAUUUUGGAGUGUGGACACUAUACGAAUAAACUCGUUGGAGAUUCGGAAUCAAGCGUUUGCUGAAGUGAGGAGUAUAUUUAAUCUGGAUUACUUAUCUGAUAAAUAUGAUGGAAUAAUUGGCAUGUCGACUAGAAGGAUAUCGGAAUAUGGAAACAUUCCAAUGUUUCCGAAUAUACUAGCUAAUGGUGUGAAUGUGGAGCCAAUAUAUUCAUUUUAUUUAAAUCGGGAAAACGGUGAAGGAAUCGGUGGUGAAUUGGUACUUGGUGGUGUAAAUCCUAAAUAUUUCAAGGGUGAUUUUGAAUAUGUACCUACUAUUCACAAUCAUAUGUGGGCGAUUCAAAUGUUAAGUUUGCAAAUAAAUGGGAUAAACUUUUGCAACAUAUGUUCUGCUGUUAUUGAUACUGGAACAUCUUUAAUUAUUGGACCAAAUGAACAAGUGAAAAAAAUCAAUUCUUUACUUCAUGCUUUUGACAUUUUUGGAAGAAAAUUCAUUGACUGUGGUCGAAUUGAUAUGCUUCCUUCGAUUGAGUUCAUAUUUCAUAGGAAUAAGUACAUUCUGAAGCCACAACACUAUGUAGUCAAGGUGCAUACAAGUAAUUCAUUUUGUCUUAAACAAUGCUAGUCACUGUACCAGUUAUGAGAUAGACAUGUCUGAUACAGAAUUGUUUGUUAAAAUUAUGAAGUUCCACUCAGUUUGAAGUUGUAAUAGGUAAGAUUGUUUUGAAAAGGUACAUCUCAAUGAACAGGUCAAUUUAAUUCAUAUGAAACCUUUAUAUAAAAUUAUUGGUGUAUUUCAUAACCGAAACCACGCAAUCUGCACUAAACUGUAGAGUUAGCGAUUGACAUAUUUAUACCACAGUAAAUUCCCACGUCCGUUUGUUAGCUGGCUAACGUAGAUGGACGAAUAACACUAUCAUAAUAUUUCUUUUUUAGGACACAUGUAGAGGUAAUUUCUUAAAAAUACAGCUAUAUGGGAAUAAGAAAAUGUUAAUACAAAUUUAAUAGUAGUUUAGUCAAAAAGAACACAAGUGGGGAUAAUCGAAUGUAUUAGAACAUAAAAUUACAGAACAUGUUAGUAAAAUCUGAGAACCAUGCUGUAAAUACUUCAUUUGCAAAAUAUCAGUCAAUCGUCUCAGACUUUAUUGUUCCUUCGUUUCCCCACCAAUCAUUCUCUGUUCUCAUUCUUCUUUCUCCAAUUUUCCUAACAUUCUGCUGCCAGGUAUUUCACUUUCGAUUGAUGACACAUACUACUUAUAUCUACCUACAUCAGUAGCACACACCACAAUAGUACUUAAACCAUUAGUGGAUUAAGCUCAUCAUCGUUUACUGUGAAUAGAAAAUUAAAACAGAAUUUUCUGUGAAUUGUAUAAAAUAUUCGUAUUAAGAAAAUUUAGGAGUAAAGAAUGAGCUAAAUGGACCACAUCAUUUUUAAUGUUUAGUAAGCUGAGAGUGAGGAAGAUUUUGUUACAAAUAACUGUUUUAAAUAAAGUAUAUAUGAUGAAAAACAAUCCACUGUGUGCAUUACUAACUUAAUACAAUCAUUUAAAAUAUUAAAGCUUAUUAAAUUCUAAGUUUAAACUGAUGUCAACAUAAUCCAUGUGAAGUAAUGUGAAGAAAGACGAUCUCAGAGAAAACAUGAAUCAUUAGUUUCUUAUUGAGUGAUGUAUAUUACAAUUUGCAAUCAACAAAUAACCAGAUCAAGGAAAUGAUUGCUAAUCUUUGAAUAAUCUUUCAGACGGCCACUAUUCAGACGAACAAGAUGGAAACAAUUUGCUUCCAUACUAAUGUAUUUUUUGUUCAAUUACAGGAGAGCGAAUUCUUUAAAACAAUUUGUUUGUCACCUUUUCAAUCUCAUCUUUCGUUACCUUCUAACUAUUGGGUUCUUGGUGACGUUUUUAUGGGAAAAUUCUAUACUGUAUUCGAUUUCGGUCAGAGAAGAAUUGGACUGGCUGAUGCUGUGGGAGCAUAGAGAUGAGCUCAUUGACGAAAAUAAAUGGUUGUAUGCAAUGAAAAGAGAAAUAAAUAAACAAAUUGUAUCGUGGAAAUAAUUAAAGAAUAUGUGUCAAUAUAUACACAUUAGGAAGUUGGUGUAAGAAGAAAAGGUGUAUGUGAGGACCAGAUGUUUAGUGUUAAAUUUUUUCAUAAAACGCUACUUAUGAAUUGUCUUGAUAGAACAUUUUUGUUACAUGGAUUAUAAUAAUUUGAGGUAGCAGUUGGGAACCAUUAAUUUUCGAUAGGAGGAUUGCGAUAUCCUACUGAAGUAUAAAUAGUGUAUCGUGGGGUGAUUCUAGUGACAUUACAGAUUAUUCGUUAUCAUUCACAAC